CAAUAAUAUAAAAAUCAUCACAAUUAAAGAGGUAAACCCAUUGGAACUAAUUCUUAUACAUUUUUUAAAACAUUUCACAAAAAAUCGGCCCCCCAUGAACCCUGGCUCCUCUUGAUUCGCAAAGCUACCAUCUCCAGGCGAGCUGAUCGAGUUAUCCUACUCACCAUGCGUGUUCUCCAACGUUUCAUACUCACCCGUCUCUCUACAAACCCCGCCAGUAGACUCAUUUCAACGCCAUUGAAGAGCAUAAGCCUUUUCUCGUCGGAUAGGCUGUUUUCAUCCGGACCCAAUAAAGGGCCGGGAUCGAGUACUAAUUUCGGAGAUUCCAGGUCCUCUGAAGGCCUCGGGUGGGACACCGAGUCGUCCUGGUCGAUCGGCUUAACAAAGGAGCAUUUUGAUGGGGAGGUUGUGGGGAAACAGUUGCAAUCGAACACUACACGCUCGGAACCCGGGUUUAGCUCGGCCAGAAUGACGGAAGAUGAAAUGGACACACUGAGGCGUCUGGAGGAGGAGAACCGCAAGUCGAGGGAGUUUGUGAAAGGAUGGGAUGGGAGGUUCAGAGACAUUGCGACAAUGAUGAAGCAGGUUAUGGAACCAGGGGCAAGGGGAUCAUAUUUGAAGGAUUCUGAGAAAACUGAAAUGUACAAGAAGCACAAGGAGAAUCCAGGGGUGUACACAAUCGAGAAGCUAGCCAAAGAAUACAGGAUCAUGAGGCAGAGGGUGCACGCAAUUCUGUAUUUGAAAGGGCUUGAGGAGGAGGAGGAGAAGAAGUUGGGACGCCCUAUUCAUAGCACUCUUGAAACCUUUAUUGAUAAUAACCCGGAAUUCUUCAAUUCCCAUGAUAGAGAAUUCCAUGUUGCAACCCUGCCUUACAAGCCAGACUUCAAGGUUAUGCCUGAGGGUUGGGAUGGCACCACAAGGGACCCCGAUGAGGUCCACUAUGAAAUAUCCAUGAAAGAGGAUGAAAUGUUGUAUCAGGAGUUUGUCCAAAGGUUCAACUUCAAUAAGAUGAAGAUGGAAAAUAAAGUUAAGUGCCACAAGUACAGCCGGAUUCGCCCUGCACAAGGAUGGAACUUCACAGUUGAGAAGUUAGGGUCACGUGGAAAGCGUGGAAAUGGGGGUGGUUGGAAGUUUGUCAGUAUUGCAGAUGGAUCAACUCGUCCCCUUAAUGAUUUUGAGAAGAUGUUUGUGAAGAGGGAAACCCCUAGGCGCCGGCAAAAGAUCCUCCCGUGAUUCAUUCAACCUAGUGUCUGCUUUAGUGACAGCAACUUUUGUAAUGCUUUGUAGGAAUUUAAUUGUCCUAUAGUAUUUCUGCAUUUGAUGUAGCUAAUCAUUUUGGUGAUGCAACUUUCUUUCGAUAUUCUGUUACCAAAAGGGAUAAAACAGGAGAAGCAGCUUCUUAGUUCUUUCUUCUUUUGUGUCAAGGGAACCAAGUGCAAAUGUUUUUUCCUUUUGAGUUUUUGUGAACAUUUGAUAUUUAGUUUACAGAUAAAGUUGCUAAUAAAUGCAUUUUUUAUGUGACAUUUUUUUUUCCCAAA